AUGGAGUCGCCUUUCCCCAAAUCGUCGUCGGCGCCGGGCGAGGGGCGCGUGGUGGCCAAGCUGCAGCCCGAGGGCGGGUCGGCGCUGGAGGCGCUGGCGUACCAGUACCCGCUGAAGCUGAUCUCGCCAUCGCGCCCCGCCCACAGCACCAAGAGCGUCCUGGUCUUUCUGCUCUCGUACGGCGGCGGGCUCGUCGGCGGCGACUCGGUGUCUCUGGCCGUCGACAUGCGCCCGGGAGCCCGGCUGAGCAUGGUCACGCAGGGCCACACCAAGGUCUUCGCCCCCGCCACGGCCACCCCGAACCUGGUCACGCGCCAGACCAUGCGCGCCCACCUCGCCCCGGCCGCCGCCCUGUGUCUGCUGCCCGACCCCGUCCAGCCCUUCGCCGCCAGCGUCUACGAGCAGACCCAGGUCUUCCGCCUCGCCCCCGACGCCUCGCUAUGUCUGCUGGACUGGGUCACCCAGGGCCGCUCCGCCCGCGGCGAGGACUGGAGCUUUGCCCGCUGGACAGGCCGCAACGAGGUCUGGGCCGUGACUGAGAACUACCACCGCCUGCUCGUCCGCGACGCCGUCAUCCUCGACGGCGCCCAGCCCUCCCCGCCGCACAUCAUGCCGACGCUGCGCGAGUCCAUGCACGCCAUGGGCGUCGUCGGCACGCUGAUCCUGCGCGGGCCCCUGGUCAAGGCCCUGGCCGACUUCUUCCUGGCCGAGUUCGCCGCCCUGCCCCGGCUCGGCUCGCGCGACUUCCGCACCGACGCCGACGCCAGGCGCGACGCCGCCGCCGAGUCCGUGUCGGACCUCGAGAAGUGGCGCCGCACUAGGCUGCUCACCGAGCGCUCCACCAGGCUGCUUUGGUCUGCCGCCAACGUCCGCGGCUGCGUCGUCGUCAAGUUCGGCGCCCCUACCGUCGAGGCUGGCCGGCUGUGGGUCGGCGCCAUGCUGGCGCGCGAGGGCAGCGUCGCGCGCGUCUUUGGCGACCACGCGCUGAUGUGUGUCCGGUGA